AUGGCGAUUCCACCAAGAAACAAGUGCAAAGCAAGAUCCUCGCCGGAACGGCAAACCCAACCGACGGAAUGGCAAACGCAACCACCGCCACCAAAACAGAACCGCGACAAUCCUUCUUCAUCGUCUUCGAUCGUUGAUAACUUCUCUUCUCCGUCGACGAAACCGUUCAAUUUCCCGCCAGGUUAUCAGUUUGUACCCACCGACGAAGAACUCAUCUUGUAUUACCUGAAACCCUUCUUGCAAAAAAACAAAAACUCAUGGCUCCUCAGUGCUCCCAUUCAUUACGUGAACAUCUACGAGUCAAAUCCACAACAGCUUUCAGAGCAAUUCGAGAAGGGUAAUGAGAAAGAAUGGUUCUUUAUAUCGGAGAGAACCAAGCAAGGCAGAAGUCUAAAAAGGCAGAAACGUGGUGCCAAUGGAGGAUACUGGAACGCAACAGUAGCUGCUAAGAAGGUUAACGCUGGGAAAGGCAUAGUCGGCUACAAGAAAGUACUAGAGUACUACGUUGGUGAACGACCAAACGGCGUGAAAACGUGUUGGUUAAUGCAUGAAUACUCGUCUGAGUCUUCUUCUGUUGAUAACGAGAAGGUCGAUUAUGCUUUGUGCAAGAUUUAUCUGACUCCAAAGGGAGCAAAGAAGAAGAAAGCAGAUCAGGAAGAGGAGAAUGAGAAGCUAAAGAAAGAAGAAGAGGCGGUUGAACAUCUGGAUUUGCAUCAACCGGACCAAUCGCAGCCUCAUGAUAUGGUGUAUCAGCCAGAGUACUGUUUACUUCCAGCAGAGCAUCAGAAGCCGCAGACGCAGCCAUUUCCUUAUAAAUUUCCUGAGUUGAUCAGCUUUGAGCAGGAACCAGUGAUCUCAGAGGAUUUUGAAGAUUUCUUUGCUGAUUUCAUUAAGCCACAUUCACUGAACGGAGAUGAGGAUUCCAGCAGUUAUGGUUUAUUUGAAGGCUUCGACACACAAGGAAUGAUAAAAGCUUGCACUAACUGA